AUGGAUGUGCGUGUCCGCAACUAUACAGAGGAGAAACACUGCACGUUCCUGUUCGGACCGCUCGAUUUCAGAAACGGUGUUCUCUACGACCAUGAUGGACGGAUUUACCCGUUCAACGGAUUCCCUCCGCGGCCAAUCCGGCAGCGUCUUCACGCACCUCUAGCUCUGCCCCAGGUUGAGGAGAUUAUCGAGACUGACGAAUCCGAGGAGGACGGACAAAUCGCACCUCCCGAACCGCAGGGACCCGUUGUCCCCGUCAGACUCCAGACGCUUUGGUGCACUGGGUGA